AUGUAGAGCAAUUUAUAGUCGAAGGAAACUCUAGUUGAGAUCUUUGCUUAAGUUAAAGAUAUAGAUGAAACUAUAUUUUGGGUCAUUUUAGAAAUAUUUCGAAUUGAGAAGGUUUAAGAUUGCAUUCGAUAUCUUUCAGAUAAUAAAAAUCAAAGUUAGUUAGAAAAAUCCAUCUUAUAACAAGAAGUGAAUUUCACAAAAGCUGAUAAAAAGCGGGAAUGUAAGAAUGUUAGAAAUAGCAUCAAUUAAAUUUCUUAUGUGUUAAAAAAAAUAAAAGAUCAUGAAUUUAAUAGCAAAGAUUACUCUACUGAUGAAAAUUAAGAAACGUUAAAAGGUUUAAUAAAAAGCAUAAAACAUAAUAGAUAGAUCAUAGAAUUUUUGGAAUUUUAAGUUUACCUCACAUCUAUGGAUGAUUCUUUUAUAUAAUGCGGGUCUAAUUCAUUAAAUGUGUUAAUUUAGAUGAAAGAAGACCUAAGAAACAAAAACUUACAAAAUAUUUAGAUAUAAAAUUGUUCUUUAAAGGGAGCUAAUUUUUUUAGAUGUAAUUUAAGUGGAUCUUAAUUUAAUAAUGUUAAUCUGAGUGGGGUAAAUUUGAAUGGAGCUUUAUUAAUAAAUUGUAGAUGGAUCAACUUAAGAAUCCAGGAAUUAAAUUAAUUAGAUGGACAUACUGAGCCAGUCAACUCAGUCUGUUUCUCUCCUGAUGGAACUUCGUUAGCAUCUGCUAGUAAUGAUAACUCUAUCCGUUUGUGGGAUGUUAAAACAGGGUAAUAAACAGCCAAAUUGGAUGGCCAUAUAGGAACUGUCAUGUCAGUCUGUUUUUCUCCUGAUGGAAAUACAUUAGCAUCUGGUAGUAAUGAUAACUCUAUCCGAUUAUGGGAUGUUAAAACAGGGUAAUAAACAGCCAAAUUGAAUGGUCAUAGUAAUGAUGUUAGAUCUGUCUUUUUUUCUCCUGAUGGUCAUACUUUAGCAUCUAGUAGUAUUGAUAAGUCUAUCUAAUUAUGGGAUGUUAAGACAAGAAAGAAAAAAGUCAAAUUUGAAGUUCCUCUUGGAACUGUUACUUCAAUCUGUUUUUCUCCUGAUGGUACUACUUUAGUUUCUAGUACUAAUGAUAAGACUAACCCUAUAUGUCUAUGGGAUGUAAAAACGGGAUAAUAAAUAAUAAAAUUAAAUGGUCUUAGUGAUACUAUUAGAUCGGUCUGUUUCUCUCCUGAUGGAAAUACAUUAGCAUCACACAGUUGGAAUAAGUCUAUCUUUAUAUGGGAUAUUAAAGAAGGAUAAUUGAAAGUUAAAUUAGAUGGUCAUAGUGAUUAUGUGAGAUCAAUCUGUUUCUCUCAUGAUGGAAAUUUAUUAGCAUCUGGUAGUAAUGAUAAAUCUAUCUGUGUAUGGGAUAUUAAAACAGGAUAAUAAAAAGUCAAAUUAGAUGGUCAUAGUAAUGAUGUUAGAUCUGUCUGUUUCUCACCUGAUGGAAAUACUUUAGCAUCUGGUAGUGAAGAUAACUCUAUCCGUUUAUGGGAUAUCAAUACAGGAUAAUAAAGAGUCAAAUUUGAUGGCCAUAGUAAUUAUGUGAGAUCAGUCUGUUUCUCUCCUGAUGGUAAUACAUUAGCAUCUGGUAGUGAAGAUAAAUCAAUAAUUUAAUGGGAUACAAGAACAGGAUAACAAAAAAACAAAUUAGACGGUCAUGAUGAACCUGUUAUAUCAAUUUGUUUCUCUGCUGAUGGAAAUACAUUAGCUUCUGGUAGUAAUGAUAAGUCUGUCCGUCUUUGGGAUGUGAAAACAGGAUAAUAAAAAGCCAAAUUAGAAGGUCAUACUGAUUAUGUAAGAUCAGUUUGUUUUUCUCCUGAAGGCAAUAUUUUAGUAUCUGGUAGUGAUGAUAACUCUAUCAUUUUAUGGGAUGUAAAAACAGGAUUAUAAAAAGCAAAAUUGGAUGGUCAUACUAAUUGGGUCAUGUCAGUAUGUCUCUCUCCUGAUGGAACUAGAUUGGCUUCUGGUAGUUAUGAUAAUUCUGUCAGGUUAUGGGAUGUAGUAACAGAAUAAUAAAAAUUUGAAUUAGAUGGUCAUGAUGAACCUGUUACAUCAGUCUGUUUCUCUCCUGAUGGAAAUACAUUAGCAUCUAGUGGUAAUGAUAAGUCUGUCCGUCUUUGGGAUGUAGAAACAGGAUAAUAAAAAGCCAAAUUAGAAGGUCAUACGGAUUAUGUCAUGUCAGUCUGUUUCUCUCCUGAUGGAACUUCUUUAGCUUCUGGUAGUUUUGAUAAGUCUAUCCGCCUAUGGGAUAUAAAAACAGGAUAAUAAAAAGCAAAAUUAGAUGGUCAUAGCAAUUGUAUCAACUAAGUCUGUUUCUCUCCUUGUGAAAAUAUAUUAGCAUCUAGUAGUGAUGAUAAGUCUUUCCGCUUAUGGGAUGUUAAGACUGUGUAAGAAAUUGAAUCCUUGGAUAAAGGUUAUUAAGACAUUCUAACAUAAUUCAAACACAACAAAUUUUAGAAUAAUACUUUAUCAAGUAUAAAUUUUUUAAUUGUUUAGCCAUCACCACCUAUAUUACAAUACUCCUUAUAUCUCAAUAGGUGAUAUUUCAAGCAUAAGGAGCUCUUAUUUUGAAUGGAGAAUUUGUAAAUCAAUCAGGUAUUGAUUUAAGAACAUUAUUUAAACAAAAGGGUAGUUGUAUUUUUGAAACCGAAUUAGAAUCAAAAUAGAAGUGA